GAGGGCAGUGUCCCGGUCCUGUUGCCAUGUUCCCGUUCUUGUCCCGUUGCAACAUGGCCCUGCGGAGGGUGCUGGCGCUGGCGGCAGCCCCGGGGCGCCGCAGCCGCUGCUCCAAGCCCUCGCUGCCCCCUGACUUCGUGGAGGCCCUGAGGGCCGUGGUCGGGGCCCCCAAUGUCUCCACGGCCACGGCGGUGCGGGAGCAGCACGGCCACGAUGAGUCCAUGCACCCCUGUGCCCCUCCGGACGUCGUGGUGUGGCCCCAGGCUGUGGGGCAGGUGCAGGAGCUGGCAGCCCUCUGUCACGGCCGCCGUGUGCCCAUGGUGCCCUUUGGCACCGGUACGGGCCUGGAAGGAGGCGUCAAUGCCGUGCAGGGCGGUGUCUGCUUUGACCUGAGCCGCAUGGAUGCCAUCGCAGAGCUGAGCCUCGAGGACUUCUCGGUGACGGUGGAGCCCGGUGUCACCCGCAAGGCCCUCAAUAAGCACCUGCAUGGCACCGGGCUCUGGUUCCCUGUCGGUACUGUGGGCAUGAGGGGGUCAUGGGGGUGGCAGCAAUGGAGGGGAUGGUGAUGAGGACACACUUGAGGAGCCUCUAGGACUGAGGGUGCCACCCUUCCUGUGGUUCUGGAAGGGAUGGAUUGCCAGGACCAGGAAUGCUUGGGGUCAUGAGUGACCAUCCUCUCUGCCACACCAAACCCACAGGGCCCAUGGUGACCAUGGCCCCUGGCAAGGUGCUGUGAGGGACACUCAUCACAUACUGGUUCUGGGGCUAUUUGGGCCCCAGUGCUCUGCUUUUCCACUCCUCAUUUUCUCCCAACCCUCUUAGGCAAAGCCCUUGUGUUCCAUUAACCCUCUGUGCACCUGCAGUCUCCCAAGGCUAGGAGAUCUUUUCAGAGGACAGGAUCUCUCCAGCACUUCCACAGGGCCUGUCCCUCACCCCAGCAGGCACACGCAGAUACCCAGGAGAUAAGGGGUGUUUCUAGGCAAAUCUUUAUACUGCUGAGGGACUUGGGGCAAAUUUUUGGAGGGGGCUGCCACGUGGUAGCUCCGGGAACCAGCGGAAGCUUCCCCUGUGUUCAAAAGGCACCAAUUUCGGUUCGCGUUUCGGUUACAGCUGGUACUGUAGCACAACCCGAGACAUGAGAACGCACAAGUUAGCCCCUUCCUGCCCCAGCAGCUCCCCACCACCCCUAACACCCCU